AUGCGUGAAAUAGUUCACCUUCAAGCCGGUCAAUGCGGCAACCAGAUAGGAGCGAAGUUUUGGGAAGUGAUUUCCGACGAACAUGGAAUCGAUCCAACGGGUUCCUAUAAUGGAGAUUCAGAUUUGCAACUGGAAAGGAUUAACGUUUACUACAAUGAAGCGACAGGAGGCAAGUAUGUACCACGUGCCGUUCUGGUGGAUUUAGAACCUGGCACAAUGGAUUCUGUCAGAUCGGGGCCAUUCGGACAGAUAUUUCGCCCCGAUAACUUUGUGUUCGGGCAAAGUGGAGCUGGCAAUAAUUGGGCCAAAGGUCACUACACGGAAGGGGCAGAGCUGGUCGAUUCCGUCCUGGAUGUUGUGAGAAAGGAAGCUGAAGGAUGCGAUUGUCUUCAGGGCUUCCAACUCACUCAUUCGUUGGGUGGUGGGACUGGCUCAGGCAUGGGAACGCUCAUGAUAUCCAAAAUUCGGGAAGAAUAUCCAGACAGAAUCAUGACUACUUUUAGUAUCGUGCCGUCUCCAAAGGUUUCAGAUACAGUAGUGGAGCCUUAUAACGCUACUUUGUCAGUUCAUCAGCUUGUAGAAAACACUGAUGAAACGUACUGCAUUGACAACGAAGCUCUGUACGACAUCUGCUUCAGAACGUUGAAGUUAACAACUCCAACGUACGGCGAUCUCAACCAUUUAGUGUCUGCUACCAUGUCGGGAGUGACAACGUGUUUCAGAUUUCCCGGCCAACUGAACGCCGAUCUCCGCAAGCUGGCCGUCAACAUGGUACCUUUUCCUCGUCUACACUUUUUUGUGCCAGGCUUCGCUCCUCUGACCUCUCGCGGCAGCCAACAGUAUCGAGCGCUGUCGGUGCCCGAGUUGACGCAGCAGAUGUUCGACGCCAAGAACAUGAUGGCUGCGUGCGACCCCCGCCACGGCCGCUACUUGACCGUGGCGGCGGUGUUCAGGGGCCGGAUGUCCAUGAAGGAAGUGGACGAGCAGAUGCUGAACGUGCAGAACAAGAACAGCAGCUACUUCGUGGAGUGGAUCCCCAGCAACGUGAAGACGGCGGUGUGCGAUAUCCCCCCGCGGGGGCUGAAGAUGUCUUCCACCUUCAUCGGUAACACCACCGCCAUCCAGGAGCUGUUCAAGCGCGUGUCGGAGCAGUUCACGGCCAUGUUCCGCCGCAAGGCGUUCCUGCACUGGUACACGGGCGAGGGCAUGGACGAGAUGGAGUUCACAGAGGCCGAGUCCAACAUGAACGACCUCGUGUCCGAGUACCAGCAGUACCAGGACGCGACGGCGGAGGAGGAGGGCGAAUUCGACGAAGAUGAGGAGAAUGAAGAGGAAGGAGAAUAA